GAAAGCUCAGCACCACAUUGUUCUCGCUCUCCCUUUACCUGUCGUCCCAGGGCCACCUCUUUGGCCCGACCGUGUUUCAAGCCACGACGCCCCUCGGCUUAUGAAGAGAGCAGGGCCCACUGCUUUCCUCCUCUAACGCGUGGACCAGCUUGCUCUCUACGUCUUCUGCCACCCACCCCCUACAUCAAUUCGUCUGCACCUCUUCCCUCUUUCUGUCGAAUCCAUGAGCCGUUUGGAACGUAACGCAGCGAUCCCUAACCGAAGCACGGCGAGCCGAAAAACCUCUGCCCCCGCCACUCCGACUCCACGCAUGCACUCAGCAGCUGAGCCCUCGACACGGCGAAGCAAGUCUCGAUCCCCAUCCCGGAGUCGACUUCUCGAUCCAUUCUCAACCUCCCAAACCCCUCCUAUCAACAAUAUCAAGCGUAAGCGGUCGACUGAUUUCGCUAUCAGUCCGUUCGCCAUCCCAACGGAAGCGACUGUCGAUCGGGGUCAGCGAAUCAAGUCCCGGCCCUCGUCAUCAUCUGGCGCGGGCGCUAUCAGCAUCGUUACUCCUCCCAAACAUAUCCACCGCUCCUCCGCACCUUCUUCAUCUACUCUGCGCCCCAGGCCGGAAAGUUCCUCCCGGCCAGAUGUGAAAGGGAAGGGAAGGCAGCACGGACAUGGAUCGGAAGUUGUGCCCUCAAGGCCAGUGACACCUUCGUCGGAGUAUGAUCGGAUGCGGAAGGAUCUGGAGGCGACGAAGAAGUUGGUGCAUGACUACAAGAAGCAGCUGAAAAAGCAGAAUAAGACGGUCGAAGAACUCAAAUUGCAAGUGCAAUCCGAGAUCUCAGCCAGAGAAGAGCGGGAUAGGCAAAUCAUUGACUUGACCUCGAAAGCUCAGAAGAAUGAUGGGCUGAUACAAUCCGUCGAGUCUUCACUGCAAUGUCAGAUUUGUAUUGAGCUGUUCACGCGGCCAUAUCUCCUAACACCUUGCGGUCAUAUGUUUUGUCUUGACUGCCUGCAACAAUGGUUCCGGUCUGCACCCCAGAACGAACACGACGAUCAGAUGGAUCUCGAUCCUGACUACGCCUUGCGACGCCAGAAAAAGUGUCCCUGCUGCCGCGGCCGCAUUACGCGCCGUCCGGUUCCUGUCUUCGUGAUCAAGAACAUGGUCGGUCUGCUUCGCCCAGAGACAUCCGCGUCCACCAUGAUGGAAGACGUGGAUCCCUGGAAAGGCCUGUUUCCGUCGCUGCAAUUGAUGUGCUUUUCCGACGAAGACAACGAUGAAGAUGAAGAAGAUGACGAAAACGGAUCCGAUGCAAGCUCCAUAGAGGGACCAUAUUAUGGGCCCGCCAGUGCAGAUUCUAUCGAUCCUUACGAGCUGGUUUGGAUGGAUGACAAUCGGAUGUAUGAGAGCGGGACGGACAGCGAGAAUGUGUCGGCUUCCGAAGAAGAGCAAGGCGAAAUCGAUUCAGACGAGUACUCUGAUCAAGAUGUCGCGUAUGAUUUCCCUCGCUGGGAGCCGCCAUCACGAGUAGUCCCGUUCAACAAUGCCCGGAGUGCUAUGUGGAAGAUGCUUCGUCGGGGAUGUUCCCCCGCGCUAGUGACCAUGUUUGGGAUGAGCUAUUCGCACGAGGAUGGGCUGGUUGCACAUGUCUCUUCUCUCGAUCCCGAUGACCCGCACCUUGGGCUCGGCCGACACAGCCUAUAUCUCGGAUGGAACGUGUCAUUGCCGCCGUCACACAUUGAAGGCGACGCCGAGCACACCUUCAUCCGGGAUCAACUGCGUGAUCUGCAGACUCAUCCGGUGCGGUGGAUUGUGUCAGAGCGCUUUGGAUUUGGUUUACUUGCCGGAGGUAUCGAUGCUCGGAAGCUCGUCGUUGUUGAUGAGGAUGUCGACGUCUACGACACAUCCGACUCUGAAGCGUACAGCAAUGGAAUCAACUUUGUAUAAGGAGAGACGUGGACCUGGAUAUUACUUUGAUUCCUCCUUUGGGCACCGUAAAUAGUCGGUAUAUAUCAUUUCUGCAUCUAAUAGACCCCUGCACAUAUUGUUUCCUCGGUCACUGCCGACGAUCAUCAAAAUUUUACACACUGAAUGUUGUCGACUAUUUGCGCAUUUGUCGAUCCAUGUAACUUGUGGCCGAUUUUUUCUCAGAACUUUUUUUUCUUCGCCAUCGCCAUUAUCUAGUUGUGCGAGAAGCACCACUUGGAGCGUUUCGACAGGAGGAAACGCGCCGAUGGCAUUGGUGGCAUGCCAAAAUGGUCAUUCAUCCGCAUUCACCUGCUCCGUUUGUCCUGUGCGUUUCACUAUCACUCCGGAUAAGAGGCACGAUCUUGACUGGAAGACUCGGAUUUGCUCUAGUCUGGUCUUGCGUCCUCUUCAUCGACGCCGCAGCUGCCGGCGCCCUCUCUUCCUCCUCCCCUAUUUCACUUCAAUGUGCGCGGUGAAAUUGUCUCAAACACGAUAAUUGGAACGAGCUCUGUACCUGUACCUGACAAGUCGCGUCAGCAGAUCGAAAGUUCAUAGGGCCCAAUCGCGCCUGGAUAUAUCCACUGAAGGACGAUCUACCCCCGCAUCGUUCGUUGCCUUCCUGCUGUCCUCUAUCUUUUUCUCUAUCCCCAACCUGAUACCAUUUCGUUGACUGGGGUGCUGCUUUGCACAGGCUCAGACUAAGCCGGCCUCAAUCGACCCUGUUCCUCCAUCGACCGAAGACGAAGAUCUGGACUGGGGACUGGAUAUGGAGCUGAGAUAUCCUGAUGACGAGCCCUCUGUAGUGACCACACCGAUACAACCUCUCCCUGUGCUUCCCAGAGAGCAAUAUUCACAUCCUGCCUCGUCCCGGAUCCCUGCAGUAACACAGCCGAGUCUUCCUCGCAAACGCGGUCGACCUCCAUACCCCAUCAACGCCGCUGGUUACCGGAUUCCUCCCGCGGUCCAAUACCGCCAUGCGCCUAAAUCCGCACCUAUACCCGGCCCUUCGAGCGAGAGACCAUCCGGGAACUAUUAUCGUACCAAGGCAAUGGAGGGUGGUGUUGGCCCUCGGCCAGCUCAAAGGCCAACAGGGAAGAUAUUUGUCCCUGGGUUUGGUGCGAGGCCUCCACCACCGGGUUUGCAGCCGGUAGCAAUGCUCGCGGUCGCCGGCAAGUCGCGUUUGACGUGCUUGUCGAUAGGGUGCGAGAACACGGUCACGGUUAAAGGCAAGCGUUGUCUGGGCUGCGUUCGAGGGAGCUGGAUGGGAAUGCAGGAGAAGCACCAGGCUGAACGGGAAGCCAGAGUUGAAGCGGAGAGUCAAGCCCGGGUCGUCGCGUUAAAGGAGGACAAGACAUGCGAGGCAAGACGGGCUGCGACAGCUGGGAAGCCCGGGGGGACACCACAGAAGAGAGUAACGAUCAGGCUGAAACUCACACCUGUGGGCAAGGCCGGUCCAUCGGGUGAGAUGAUUGUGGAUACCGAUGGGCGGAGGAUCGUUGUUCUCGGUGGGAAGGACGAGAGCAGCGGGAAUCGCCACGAUAACGUCAAGAAGAGCGUUUCUGAAGACACGACGGAUUCCAGGCCUAGCGGAUGGGACAGCGAGUUGUCGGAACUCACGAACUCGGCAGGGGAAACGGACGAUGAAGACAGCCCUCCAACAUCAUCUCUCAAGAUUCGCAUUCCGGGGCUUGCCGCUGCGUCGGAAGCUUCUACCCGGCGCUCAGAGUCCAUGCAGCAAGCGUGCCCUGCUACAGAAUCAGCUCUGACGACGGACACAUGCGCUUCCGUCACAAUACAGUCGAUACUCAAGCCUCCGAAGCCCGCCAAGUUGUCUCUGGCGUCGGACACUUUCAUAGAACCAGCGCGGUUCUGUACCAUCUCUCGUUGUCGAACGCCUCUCCCUCCAUUGUCUGAAUACCGCUGGAAGUGUUGUGAAGCAUGUCGCAAUCAUUACCGCGAAUAUCAAAGACAACGGCUGGGAAAGAUUGCAGCCGGUGCCGCUCACGCUGCUCUCGUUCAAGUCGGCGCUGUGCUCGGCGAUCCAUCGGCCAACCCGGAGGUGACGGAGACAUCGCCGCUUGCUUACCGAGCUCAGAUGGAACAACGGCUAAUAAGAGAAUGGGACGAAGGCCGACGUACGCCAGUUGCUCUACCGAGCGGGAAGAUGACCAGAGAGAGGCCCAGGUGUGCUGCGAUGGCUGGCGCGAGGCAAUGCGCGGGUGUCUAUUGUGAACAUAUCAUUCCUCCGGCGACAGAGUAUGAGUGGGACAAAUGCGGCUUGUGCCGAGUGCGAGAGCAGAGGAAGCUGGUCAAGGAGCGGAAAUCGCAGGUCGUGGAUGCUGCCGAAUACCCGUUAACUCCGUAUCACGUGCCUGGUCGAUGCGUGCAUGCGGAUUGCGGAGUCCUCGUCCCGGCGGAUGCGCUGCCCGAUACUGAAUGCCAGCAGUGUUUGUGGCGGAAACCAUUGUCCGAGCAGAAGAUCACCACCGUGCAGCGUGACAGACCGAAGAAGCAGCUCGUCCACGCUCCUCCAGAGCCACCUGAGCCUGCCAAGAAGCGCAAACGGAUUUCCCCAUAUCCCUUGUACCAAUGCUGCCAGGAUCUCUUGCAAGACUUCGCCGUCCGUUUUCGUGACUUCAUAGGCGCCCAGUCUCUCUACUUCAUCGCCCGGACCGCCAAAGAAGCCCCCCAGCUGCCGUCACAAUCCAUGUUUGACUUCAGCGGCGAGUUCUCCGUCGUCGCGCCGCACAUGGAUGUCGUCUCGCGUCGGCAUCUCGUGGAGCAGGCGGUGCAUGCCGUUAAAGACGAGAUCGCUAACGUUAGCGGCAUUGAAUUCGAUCCGACGAGCUGGGUGAGCAUCCUCGGGCCCCCGGGCGGCGUCGUCACCCGAUUCGCCUGCUCGCACCAUGUAGAUAUGCCCAUCAGCGUCCGGUAUUCGGCAGGCCAUCCUUCUGACCCGACUGGGCACAGAACCAGAACGAUGCAAGGCGAGCUCGAGGUGGCAGUUUUGCCGGACGAUACGCACCGGCGGUUCCCGGGCGAGAAGACGAUCGUGCGGUUCCGUCUGGUUGAUUAGUCGCGGAUCUUGCUCGGAUUCAGCUUGAUGUAUCAGUUAUCUACAUAGUGUACCAUUGUCCAUUCGCUGUCGUGUUGGAGAGGAUUUCCUUUUUCGUCCACGA